AUGAAUGAAAUUAAAGAGAUCAUUGGAAGACUUCAUCAAACAGUUGAUGAAGAAACAAUCAAAGAACUUCGAAUACAUAUUGAAAGUAUUGAUAUUAAACAAACUGAUGAAAAUACACUCAAAGAACUUCGACAAGAAGGAAAUGAACUAUGGAAUUUUGUAGUUAGAAAACAGUGUGAUAUAACUAAACAAAGUGAAAUGAGAGAAUUAGCAUGUUUAUUAGUAGAGAAAUAUCAAGUAGAAAAUGACUUUACACUCAUUAAAAUGAUUGGGAAAACAGCGAAAUGUAAAGAAGAGAAAGGAGAAAUUGAGAAAUCAAAGAAGAUGUAUAGAAAAGCAAUUGAUAAAUACAAUGAAACAGAACGAACUAUUAACACGAAUACACAACAAAUAGAAAGAAAAAGAUGUGGAAAAUAUUUAUUUACAUUAGGAAUGAUUUCAUCAUGGAAUAAUGGAGAAAUUGAAACAGCAUGGAUAUAUUAUCAUAAACUCAAAGAGAUUAUUGAAAGUUUAGAUGAAAGUAAUGAAGAAAUUAAAACAAUGAUAUUUAAGAAAGCAAAAGAAUUAUUUGAAAUAGGAGCAUAUCAAGGAACAAUUGAUUGGAUGAAAGAAUAUCUUAUGAUGAAAGGAAAUAAGAAAGAACAUAAUAGUGAGGCAUUUUCAAUUAUUAGUAGAAGUUAUCUUGAACUUGGAAUGAAUGAAGAAGCAAUGAAGACUAUUGAGAAAAGUAUUGAAGAAGAAAGUAAUGAAGAAAAUGAGAUAAUUAGACUUAAAUGUAUGAUUAAAACAAGAGAAGAUGAUGAAAUUAUUCAAGUAUUCAAAAGAAAUAUCACAAUGGGAAAUAUUAGUAAUGAUGGAAAAAUAAAAAUGUGUGAUAUUAUUGAAGAGAAAGGAAUGAGUGAAAUAAUAAUGUUUGGGUAUGAAAGUAUUAUGACAAGCAUAAUGAGAAAAGAAAACAUAGAAACAAGAACAUAUUACAAAGUCAACAAAAAGUAUAUUGAAUUCUUAUUUAAAAUGAAAAGAAUUAAUAUGGUAACAGCACAAAAUGUUAUUGAUAAUCUAAUAGAUAGUAUCCAAAACAAUAAAAUUGAAAUUAUAGAGAAAGAAAUUUAUUCAAUUAUAUCUAUUAUAUGGGAAAGAGGAAUCAAUGAUUGUUUAAAUAAGAAUGAACGAACAGGAAAAGAAUGGUUUAAGAAAGUAAGAGAAAUUAUGGAAAUUAGUCGAUGUAAUGAUGAAAUUGGAGAAAUAAAUAAAAAUAUCAGUAUUUGUGAAUAUCAAAUGAAUAAUUAUCAUGAAGCAAUGAAAAGGGCACAAGAAGCAAUAGAAAGUGGAUGUAAUGAUCUUCAAGCUGAUUUUAUUUUAUUUUCAUCAUAUCUUCAUUUGCAUAUGAAAAAUGAAGGAAAAGAUGUUAUUGAGAAAGCAAUUAAUAAGAAUAGUUCAAAUCAACAUAAAAUUGAAUUUCUUGAAACAUGUUGUACUAUUUGUGAAGAAAUGAAAGAAAAAGAAAUAGAAGAUGAAUGUUUGAGAAAACUAUUUGAAUGUCUUCCAGGAGAAAGUAUGAAAGGAACAGGAAUUAUUGUAUUUCGACAAAUAAUGAAGAACAGAUGUGAAGUUGAUAUCAUUAAAAGAUUCAUUAAAAUGGUCAAAGAGAAUAAAGAAGAAGUCAUUGGAGAUGAAAAAGCAGAAAUAGAAUGGUGUUUAGCAUAUUUAAAUAAUAGAAGUAAAGAAAGUUAUAGUAGAAAAUUACAUGAAGAAUGUUUAUAUUGUUGUUAUUUAUAUGAUAUUCUAAGUAAAACUAAUAAAGAAUAUGAAGAAAUGUAUGAGAAUCGAAUAAUGAUUUGUUUAUUGGGUGCAUCAAGUGGAGUAGAAGGAAUAGGAAAAGAUGUGAUUAAUGAAGUAGAAGAAAUGAAAGAAGAAGCAAAAAAGUGUCUUGAAGAAAUAAGAAGAAAAGGAAUUAACACAACAAAUUCAAUUGAAAA